GACAAGUUGUCAAGUGAGAGUUGGCAACAGUGGCGGCUGUGUGCCAUGCGGUGUUUGAGGUUUAAAGUAGCGUUUUGAGUGUAGAGAAGUUUUGUAUACAUAUUUUUUAAAGGAAAUCACAACCAACUGAUAGAAUGCAGGUUUUCUGAUGUACUACAACGUUGUUCAUUCAUGUGGUAUACCUACUACUAUAGUAUGUGGUGGGCAUUGAGCUGCCCAAUACACUGCUGGUAGAAACGUCAGUGAACGUUUGAUGCCCAUUGCACAACCCUCUGAAUAGUAAGUUAUUGAGUCUCACUACAUCCUGCUGGAUCUUCUACCACAGUAUUCAAAGCACCAAGAAUGUCUAAUCAAGUUGAGAAAAUUCUUGUGAGUGGUGAUGUUGAUGGAAAUUUCAACCAGCUGUUCAAGCGUGUGGCUAACGUAAACAGCAAGAAUGGACCGUUUUCAAUGCUGCUGUGUGUUGGAAAUUUUUUUGGACAAGACAAUUCACAGUGGCUUCCAUAUAAGAGAGGGGAAGCCAAAGUUCCAGUUCCAACAUUCAUCCUUGGGCCUUCCAGUGAGGAUAGCACUUCAAACUAUCCAGAUAUGAAAGGCUGUGAAAUGUGUGAGAAUGUCAUAUAUUUGGGUCCAAAUGGUAUAUAUCCAAGCAGCAGUGGUCUGAAGAUGGUGUACUUGAGUGGAAAGGAGGCAGCUGGUCAUGGAAAAAGUGCUUCCACAUUCACUUUUGAUGAUAUAGCUUCUCUAGAAACUCAAGCAACUGCAAAACCAGCCAUAGAUAUCCUUCUUACAUCUCAGUGGCCAAAUGUAGUGUGCAACUAUGCCAAAAAACCUGAAGGCUGUGAUCCACAAUCUUCUGGUUCAUCCAUGAUUUCAAGAUUAGCUUUCAAACUUCGACCUCGAUAUCACUUUUGUGGUACUGAAGGAACUUAUUAUGAACGCUUGCCAUACAGGAACCACAAAGUACUUCUUGAGCCAACCCGGCAUGUGACUCGCUUCAUAGGAUUAGCAAAGGUGGGAAAUCCUGAGAAGCAGAAAUGGUUGUAUGCUUUUAACAUCACACCAAUGUCUAAGUGUGAACCAACAGAACUAGUGAAGCAGCCUCCUGAUGUUACUGAGUGUCCAUUCUCAGACUCCAAUAUUGCCCACCCACCAAAACAGCAGAGGAGUGGAAAGGACACAAGGGGAGCCCAAUUCUUCUAUGACAUGAAUGCCAAAAUGGGUGAUGAGAGAGGACAGAAAAGAAAGGGAGGAGGUGAAGGUGGAGAGAGGAAACGUUUACCUCCAAAACCUACUGGACCUUGCUGGUUCUGCUUAGCCAGUCCUGAGGUGGAGAAACAUCUUGUAGUAAGUGUUGGAGACCAUACAUAUUUAGCUUUAGCAAAGGGUGGUCUUGUAUCUGAACAUCUGUUGAUCCUGCCCAUCACCCACUUCCAAAGCACACCAGACCUAGAUGAUGACUGCUUGCAAGAAAUAGAGAAGUUUAAGAAAGCACUUAAAGCAAUGUUCAAGAAAAAAGGAAAACGUGCCGUCUUCUUUGAGAGAAACUACCGUUCCCAGCAUCUCCAGAUUCAGGUGGUACCAGUUUCUAAUGAAGCAGCCCUGCACCUCAUGGAAACAUUCACAAACACAGCAGAAAGUUGUUCCAUUGAAUUGGAUGAAAUUCCAAAACUGUCCAACAUAUCUCAAAUUGCUCCACCUGGGACUCCAUACUUCUAUGUUGAGUUACCGACGGGUGAAAAACUGUAUCACAGAGUCAAGAAAAAUUUUCCUCUUCAGUUUGGAAGAGAGGUACUUGCAAGUCCACCCAUACUCAAUGUAACAGAGCGCAUAGACUGGAGAGAAUGUAAGAUGUCCAAGGAAGAAGAGACGGACCUUCGUGACAGAAUAAGGGAAGACUUUCAGCCCUAUGAUUUUACACUUGAAGAUGACGAUUAGCAUUAAUUGAGAGAGAGAGAGAGAGAGAGAGAGAGAGAUUAAUUUAAUUCAUAUUUGUCAAAGCUUAAGAUGAAAUUUGAUGCAUAA